GGCAGACGUCCUUCGUCCUUGACAGAGUUUGACCGUAGGCGAAUGCCAGUUGCUGCAAAUAGUUUAAAGUGCGAAAACGUCUCGGUUGAAUGAAAAAAUUUAAAGUUUAGCUCACAAUAUACAUACAAGCGCAGGCCAAGGCAUGUGAAAAGAAUAAAACAAAAGCGAAUAUUGGCCAAGUUAUUGUUUGUUUUUUACAUUUUUUAUAAUUAAGACAAAGCAGCCAACAAAAGACAAGUGAAGCGUUCUAAUGAAUACCUAAGUAUACACACACACACCUAUACCUAUACCUAUACAUAUAAACGUGAAAAGAAAAGUUGUUUUAGGUCAAACAAAAGAACAAAAAAAAAAGAAAACUUCCCAACGCUAACAAAAAAACCAGGCAAAAUGAAAAUCUGUUGGAAAAGCGUUUAAGGCCGCACAAGAAAAUUAAGAAUCAAUUGAAGCUGAGACGCCGUUGCAUCCGUUGAUGAGUAGCUGCUGGUUGGCUAUAAAUACACCACAGGGCGAGACGUCGAUGUGGUUGUAAGAAUGCCAUCGCGUCGCAGCGGUGGUGUGGGCACCACACGGCGCAAGCACUCGCUGGGCAAUCUACGGCGCGCCCAUCCGGCCUCGGGUGCCACGUGGAAUGUGCAGGUGGUGCGCGGCAAGAUGUCCUCGAAGUGCUUGUGGCACGCGUGUCGGGCGCUAAUCUUGGGCCUGGCCCUGAUGCUGGUGGGCGCUGGCAUGGCCACGCUCGGCUACUAUGCGGAUCACCUAUCGAUGGGCUCUGAGCUGCGCGGCAAUGUGACGGUGCGCGUGAAGAACGAUCUGAAGGGCUUCCAUUUGAACAACUUCGCCUAUGUGGGACCCAUUGUGAUGGGCUUCGGCGGCUUCAUUGUGGUGGCCUCCUGUGUGAUGACCUUCGAGGCACGCGACUCGGCGGCUAAGGUGGUGCCGGCCAGGCUGCGUGCCGGCGCUGGCAGCUGUAACAAGUCUGCGACACGCAGCAAUCAGGGCAGCUCCGCCUCGCAGCGCCGUGGCAUGGGUGCUCAGUAUCAGUCGACGCGCUGGGAUCAGCACUUCGGCGUCUUUCGCUCCUCGCCCGGCGAUCCACAUCAGCAGCUGCAGGCGGUGGCUGGUGCACCCGGCUCCGGGCAAACGCAGGCGCAGCCCUUCGAUCGCGAAGCUCUCACCGCCGAGCUCAUCAAGUUCUCCAAGUCGCUCAGCAGCGUUCGUCGCGUACGCCAAAACCGCACCGCGGCGGCCAGUGGCUCGGCAGGCGUGGCUGGGGGCGUUGCUGGUGCCGCUGGCUCCAAUGCACGCCUCAUCAGCAACUCAUCCAGUUUGAUACAGCGCGCUACCAGAGAGUAUUCCACGUGCACGCUGCUGCAGCCGCCUGCAGCGAGCCGCGUUUAUUGGCAGGCCUCGUCCUUUGACGGCGGCAUGGGCGGGGCGACAGGGGCCAGCCACAGCACUGCGGGCAGCGAGAAGCGCGCCGAGCGCAAUAAACGCUCGGAUACGGCAAAGCGUCAUGUGCUGGCACGCCAGCGACCCAUCGAGCACGAGGAGGCGGCGCGGGAACGUUGCAGUCCACUGGGACACAGGCGCAACUCUACCAUGUCGGACUCCUCAUACAGCGGCCGCUGGACGGCACGUUGUGCUUCGGUGGCGAGUCGCACCUCGAGCAUUGACUCGCGGCGCGUUCAGGUGGAUCUGCACAGUCCGGAAGUGAUGCCCAAGUCGAUACUGCGCUCACCCAAGCGCUACAGUUCCGGUCCCUCGGCAACGCCAUCCGUUGAUAAGGAGUUCCGGAGCCAAUUGUCUGUGUGCUCGGAGCCGCCUCCCCCAGUGCGUCAAUUGUCGGGACAGUCGAGCAUGGAGCCGGCUGUGCCGGAGGAGAGCGUCGAGCUAAUCGAUGAGCGUAUGCCCAUGGAGUGCGUCAGCAACAGCAACAGCAACAUCAACAGCGUCUCCUACAGCGAGAUAACGGAGCUGGUGCAUCACACGCACAGCUUGCCCCCGAAGAAACAGCGUCCCGACUUUCUGCCACUGGGCGGCAGCGCGGCUCAGCAGCAGCAGCAAGAGCAGCAGCAGCAGCCGAAAUCAAAUCCAGCGACGCUUUAUAGAAGCAACAGCUCACGGCAAUUCUAUCGGCCCAAGCCGGGCAUAGCCAAGGAUCGCGAUGAUUCGGUAUUCUAUAUACGCUCCUUGGAGCGCGGCGGCAGCUCCGCAAGCAACGAUGAGCACAUGUACGACUCCUUAAAGGUCAUCAAUGAGCGUCGUUCCACGUUGCUCAAGGCCGAUUCACAGAGCUCCUUGGGCUCCGCGGAGCGCAAGCUGAGCAGCUUUUCGCUCAAAAUGCCUGACAUAACGGAACGCGAGAAUUCCAUAGAUAUAGAGGAUGGACCUGCACCACCUCCACCCACAACUACAGCACAGCCAAAGUUGGCUGAAGACUCACCAAAAGAAGAGCUUGAGAAAAUCCAAAAUGAAACCUAAACAAAUUGAAAUUGAUGUAGAUAAUUAUAAACGUGUCUGUUGUAUUGAUAAGGUGUAUUGAAUACGUAGUAACCGCUAGCCAACGACAGUUACUUUAGCACAGAUCUAUUGUUACGUAACGUUCGACGAUAACUGACAUUUUUGAUAAACUUGCAACACAAAUUGGGACACCGAAAAUUGAAUUUAAGUUUAGCAUAGAAACCGUCUAAUACGAUAAAGAUC